GUGUGUGUGUGUGUGUUUCACAUCGGGACAGUCUUGGCUAGCUCGCUAGCAGACAGGACUAGCUGCUGCAUAUUCCAGUGAAGCAGGCGACUUAAAACGAGGACUUGUUCUUGAAAUAACAAAAACAAGGCACCGUUUCCAUGGACAACACGUCCAUCAUUACCCAGGUAGCAAAUCCAAAGGAGGAGGAAAUCAUUUCUUCGAGUCAAGAAAAAGUCUCGCAGUCGAACAGCAGCUUAAAGAAACACAGGAGCAGGAGCAUCUUCAGCCCGUUCUUCUGCUGCUUCCGCAACUACAAUGUGGACCCGCCACUUCAGAACAACAAGACGUGUUCGCUGCCUCCACCUGCAGAAGAGAACAGCGGCUCCCCUAAGUGUGAUCAGGUCCAGGUCAUCCCUAUCCCCAGUUCUCCAGCCAAAUAUCUCCUACCUGAUGUUAGCAUCACGGACUACGGCAAGAACUGCGUGGUGAUCGACCUCGAUGAGACUCUGGUUCACAGCUCCUUCAAGCCCAUCAGCAAUGCAGAUUUCAUCGUUCCUGUGGAAAUCGAUGGAACGGUACAUCAGGUCUACGUGUUAAAGAGACCUCAUGUGGAUGAGUUUCUGCAGAAGCUGGGUGAACUGUUCGAAUGUGUGCUGUUCACAGCCAGCUUAGCGAAGUAUGCUGACCCUGUGGCAGAUCUACUCGAUCAGUGGGGUGUGUUUCGCGCUCGCCUCUUCAGAGAAUCCUGCGUGUUUCACCGAGGGAACUAUGUUAAAGACCUCAGCCGGCUCGGCCGACAACUCAGCAAAGUGAUCAUAGUGGACAACUCGCCCGCCUCGUACAUCUUCCACCCAGAGAACGCCGUCCCGGUGCAGUCGUGGUUUGACGACAUGACUGACACAGAGCUGCUAGAUUUGCUGCCUCUGUUUGAGGGUCUGAGCAGAGAGCAGGAUGUUUACAGUGUGUUACAGAGCCUGAGGGCCAGGUAGCACCAAUGCACAGGGAUUACACCAGAAACACAGUCCAGCAUCGCUGGUCAGGCCACGCUGUCGCAUCUGCACUGCCCUACUGUCUGUCUCAUGCACACAGGAGAGGACACAUGGACCUUGUGCACCUAUCGGAGUGCAUCGCCACCCAGAGACACCAAGGGCACACACAAUAUGUACAUAACGUUUGUUUCUAAUCUUGCUGCAAAACAAGAAGGAUUUUUUUUGUAAAAAUUGAGAUCAUUAUCCUAAAGUAAUAUUUCAGAACACAAUGAAAAUGACAGAAACAUGUUGCGGAGGGUUUGGAAGAUGCCGUAGCGACCCUCGACUUCGGUUCAUGCUAUGCAGACAGUCACGUCUCGGUCAGCCGUCUCCCCAACUGUGAUUUUCCUUCUUUUCUUAUUUAAAGAAAGUGCCUUCUAAACGUUUUUACAGACAUACGUAUAAGGGACGUUUUUAUAUGCUGCGUAUUUCCAGACCUUUAAAACAAUAUUUGCUGUAAACCUCGAGCGGACAGACAAGCCUUUAUUUUAACACUAUUUAUUUUAUUUAUUAUUUCCCAGUGAUUUCCACCAGACUUCAUAGAGCUAAAUGAACUGUGAUGAAAAAAACAACAGAUGUUUGUCUGGAUUUAUUUUUCAAAUAAAUAAAUAAAUAAAUAAAUAAA